AUGGAAAACCUACUGCAGGGGAUUCCUUUCAUUGUUGUGCGAGUGGAUGAUAGUUUGGUUUCUGGUUCGAAUGUUGAGGAACAUUUAGCAAAUUUAGAAGAGGUCCUAAAACGGUUGCCAGAUCAUUGGCUACGCCAAAAGAAGAAGAAGUUUGCUUUCAUGGUGAACGAGGUGGUGUAUGAGGGAUAAUACCUGGCGUGCGUUUGGUCGCUGGACAACUGAGAAAAAAACGCCAAACUUCAUUCCAAAGACAUGGUGAAAACUCGUCCAUAUAUAAACACUGGAGGAACAAAAUUCAGAGAGAAAUUAAAGCGGCCGAGUCCAAUGCAUUAUACACAUAAAGUUGCAGAACUGGGACAGACUAACCCCCGGAAAUAGUGGAAACAAAUAAAAUGUCUUAUGGGAUAAGACAUUCAACAGGAGUUGCAUUAUCAAUUUCUUGGUGACAAUGGAAAUGUUAAAAUACUCGCAGACAAAGUCAAUGACUUCUUCUUGAGCAUAACUGAGAACUUUCCACCGUUAUCGCCUAUUUGCUCAACUCAGAAUGUCCCAAAUGAGUCUCUUGUUUCUGAAGCAGAGGUUUAUCGAUCAUUGUCAUCUCUACAGGUAGCCAAAUCUGUUGAACCAGACGAGUUCCCAAAUAGAGUUUUAAAGGAAUUUGCUCCGGAGCUUUCCCCAGUUAUAUCUCCCAUACCGAAAGUAACCCCACCACAAUCAAUUGAAAGCGACUUACGUCCAAUAUCCCUAACAUGCAACUUUGCUAAAAUUAUGGAGGGAUGUUUCUGUAAGAGACUUCUAUCACAGUUGACACGAAAGUCCCCCGCCAGUUUGCUGUAAGGGUCACUCCACUACGGACGCGCUACUAUUUUUGCUUCAACCCGUUUAUGAGGCCCGAUAGCGGAAAUGCUUGUGCUCGUUUCUUUUUUGCUGACUUUAGCAGAGGGUUCGACCGUAUUGACCACCAUGUUCUCAUAGAGGAGCUGAUGAAAUUGGAUAUUCAUCCUAUCUUAUAUAAUUGGAUUAACGCUUUCCUUUCCAAUAGAAAACAGGCUGUCAGAAUAGGGGGAACUUUGUCAGAUUGGAAAUCCCCGAAUGGCGGUAUACCUCAGGGAACUAAACUUGGUGUUAUUCUUUUCUCGGUUAUGACAAAUAAGCUAAUAUCUGACUGGCAUUUAAGGACAAAGUUUGUCGAUGACAUAGCUGCGCUAGAGAUUAUUCCCAGGAACUCAAUUAGUUAUCUGAACAAUACGGUAGAUGGAUUAUAUCAAUUCUCUGUAAAUCAUAACAUGAGUCUCAACCCACUUAAAUGCAAGGAGAUGGUAAUUAAUUUUAUGAAUAAUAACUCUAUAAUAGUCAGCAACGUAGUAGAAAGGGUAACCAAUUAUAAAUUACUUGGAGUUCAACUGAGUGAGGAUCAUAAGUGGAAUAAACAUGUUGAUUAUAUCUACAAAAAAGCUUGUAAGAAGCUAUAUUCCCUACGCGUACUUCGUAGAGCUGGUGUUCAGCAAAGGAAUAUUCUAAAAGUGGAUCUAACUACUAUCAGACCCGUAUUGGAAUAUGCUGUACCAGUAUGGCAAGCGAUCCCUGUCUAUUUAAGUGAAAGGCUAGAAUCAAUACAGAGAAGGGCACUUCGAAUCAUUUUCCCUUCCAUAGACAAUUAUGAUGAGGCGAUGAUGAUGGCACAGACACCAACAUUGAAGAGUAUACGUGAACAGUUAUGUAAAAAAUAUAUGACUAAAAUGAAGAAGGAAGAUCAUUCCCUGCACUUUAUGCUCCAAAAACCUAAGAUGAGCGAAUGCAGGUAUUCUUGGGUUUCAUUUGAAACCCAAGAAUAGCAUAUACGAAGUGGACAAAACAAUACUGUUUUGUUUGAGAACACGAUCAAAUGCAGAACUUUAAGAUCAGAACAAUUUUUUACUUUUAAAUAUUUUUAAUGUUUAUACAUAGUUUUAACAGUUAUAUGUAUUCAUUCAUUUUUGUAAAAAUAGUUUUAGUAAUACUUUGAACUCGUUAACUCAGUGUAAAUACUGCAAGAGAGUUUCAAUAAACAUCAAUCAAUUUAGGUCAGAAGGUAAAUAACCAAGGAAUACAACCAAUCCAAGAGAUCGUCAGAGCCAUCACCGACGCACGGGCACCGAAUAAUGUGUUUGAAGUUCGAUCAUACUUGGGAUUGAUCAACUAUUACCAAAAAAAUAUUUACCAAAUUUGUCAACGAUCCUGACACCACUGCAAAGCCUGUUGGAAAACGGGAAAAGCUGGAAAUGAAGUGAAGAACACCAAGAGGCAUUUAGAAAAUCCAAAGAGUUAUUGAAGUCUUCACAUCUGCUGGUGCAUUAUGACCCAGACAAGGAGUUAAUACUGGCUUGCGACACAUCACCCUAUGGCUUGGGGGCUGUUGGAAAACCAAUUGCAUUCACGAAAAAACCUUUUUCAACUAGAUAAAGAGGCAUUAGCCAUCGUAUUUGGUGCCAAGAAAUUUAACCAAUAUGUGUAUGGUCGACAUUUUACCAUACUGACGGAUCAUGCACAAGCCGCUUGAGCGCGGGUACUUCAUCCUGCAGGCAAGAUGACACCACUUAUGACUGCAGCUCGAAUUCAGCGUUGGGCAUUAGUUUUGUCUACAUACGACUACGCCAUCCAGUACAAAGAAUGAAUUCAGAAUGCAAAUGCUGAUGCCCUCAGUAGACCAUUGUCAGAAACCCUUGGUUCAACACCAGUUCCUGAAGAAACAGUCUUACUCAUGGAACUAUUGGAGACUACUCCAAUAAGAGCAGAGCAAGUGAAGAAUUUGGCAAAGAGAACUCCUGUACUUGCUGGCGUUUUGAAAUUUCCUAAGCAAGGAUGCCCUAGCAAGUGUCCAAAUGCGGAGCUUCGACCAUAUUUUCAACGACGAGACGAGCUGAGUGUUCAAGACGACUGUAUAUUUUGGGGAGUUGUUGUUUCACCCCAAGGAAGAAGGCAAGUGGUUGAAGAAUUACACGAAACCGACUCAGGAAUAUGCAAGAUGAAUAGUCUAACAAUUAAGAAGCUAUGUAUGGUGGCCGAACAUGGAUAA